GUUUUUAUAAAGUUGCAGUAAUGAUAAUGAGUGAAAUCAUUAAGAUUAUUGAAACAUUAAUAUCAUUUGGCCAAAAGAUAAAAGCUAAUUAUGAGAAUAAUAAAGAAGCCAUUGAAGAGCUCGAUAAGUUGAAAGAAAUUUUGGCACAACUUAAGGAGGUUUUAGAAAAACUUAAAGAUAAAAUAAGUAAUGUCCACAUAAUCAGAAUUACGAGUACCCUUGGACGUGCCAAAAAUACUUACAAAAAAUGCCUAGAAUAUCUCAAUAGAAAUGAAGAUAAAAACAAAUUUAAAAACUUUAUGAAGCGAAGCAUAGGAAUGCUUAAAUCAUCCUCUAUAUUAGCCAGAAUUCAAAAAACAAUUCAAGAAAUUGAAAUUUUAAUUAUCUUCACCGAUAAGCUUUUGAAAUUAGAACAAUAUCCUCAAACCUCUUCAACAAUAUCAACGAUUACAUCAAAUACUACAUCUACUAGCGCUCCAGGAUCGGAUUUCAUAGCAGCUAUUAUUGAAGGACUUGGAUACGUUAAAAAACUUCAAAGCGACUGCGAGAAACUUCAGGAAAAGCUUGAUCGCUACACCCUUUCCGAUGAUUCUUCUUUUCUUGAUGUCCUGGAAAGAGAAAAUCCGGAUGCAAUUGCAUUAUGGAAACAAUGCUUCAGACCUACAGAACACA